CGAGGAGAAGGAGAGGAAGAGAGGAAGGUGGCUGAAGAGAAGACUGUUAGAGAAGGAGGAGACGGAGAGGAGGAGGAGGUUAAAGAGGAGAGACGAGGAAGAGGAGGAGGAGGAGGACCUGGAGAAGAUGGGGAGAGGGAAGAGGAGAGAGAUCCUGUCCCAGAAGAGACGCAAACGCCUCGCUCAGAUGCUGAAGAAGAGGCGACCUUCGACCGAUGAAGAGGAGGAGUCAGAGGAGUCCGAGUCUUCAUCAGAGGAGGACCGUCCGGUCCGCAAGAGACUGAACCGCAUCGACUCUGAUGAGGAUGAAGAGGAUGAAGAGGAGGAGGAGGAGGAGGAGGAGGAGGAGGAGGAGGAGAGACGAAAGGUGAACAGGGAAAGGAGGGCGGAGAGCAAAAAUGACAGUGACGCUCAGGAAAAGGGGCGGGGCCAGAGCCUGUCCCCGUCAAACGGCCAUCGGCCCUCCAGAGGUCCGGCCAAGACCGGGACCAAAGGUCCUGCUGUGACCAGGGACAGUGCAGGACCAGGCAGGCAGGGGAGACCCAACGGCCCCCUACACCCAGAGGAGGAAGAGGAGGAGGAGGAGGAGGAAGAAGAGGAGGAGGAGAAGGAGGAGGAGGAGGAGGAAGGUCACAAAGACUCCUUGAACUCUGUCCAGAACAGUCCGCAGUCGUGAUGGCGGUGUCGGUUCCGCUCGCUUCUUUCUUUUUCUUUAAACCCUAAAAACGCUCUUCCUCUUCCUCUUCCUCUUCCUCUCUCGCCCGUCUCGCUCCUCUUCCUCGCCGUCGUAUCGUGGUCGAGUCCUCUCCACCGCCGUCACAAACUCAUCUUCACCUUCACGGCAGCAGAACGGACCAAAAGCCCCACCAGGACUGUCGGGGGGCGUUUCUGUGGACUCUGGGGUCACGGCCCGGUUUUGAAGGGUCCAUCUGGCUGGAUGAUGUCAGACCUGUCCUGGUUCAGGUCUGAUGGAGUCCAGCUCAGGACUCUGUAUGUAGUGAACCUCCUAACGAAGCACUUGGUUCUUUCUCAUAGCACUUAAAACCACCACAGAGGGGGGGGGCAGGGUCCGACCAAACACUCUGAGUCAUGUGACCCUGAGGAUCCAGAGACCGGACCUGAUUUUAGGACAACAUGAUCACUAUGAUCAAUAAUCUAUAAUCUGUUCAGGAGGACUUGUCCUACUCCAGGCCGGUCCUUAAACUCGUCAUCAUGACCUCCUUACUCAGCAGAGAUCAGCUGAUUCGGUCACAUGGUCUCUGGUUUCGACUUUUCCAGCAAUCAGAACAUAAAACAGCUGAUCUGCUUUCAAGAGACUGAAAGUUUGAGUUUGAUGAAAACUGAAUUUAAUUAUUAUCAUUUUUUUAAUUGAUAAAAAUUCUCUUAAAGGGAUAUUCUGAUGUAAAAUUAAUU